UCCCUCACUUGGACGUAUCCCCCUAUGGACACAUGGGGUUGUAACAGUCUCACUAAAGUAGAAGUCCUUUACAAAAUUAAAGUAACCUCUGUUUGGAGCACCCUCCCAAUGGAAGACACUAGAACUACUGAAUAUACAAUCCCAGCUCUUGAUUUCUUCACCACAUAUGCAUUCAAGAUUAGAAUUACUAAUGAUGCUGGAUUCAGUGUGAACAGCACUAUUGAAGAGUUAAGAACCCCAGAAGGAGUACCAAGCGCUCCAAGGAAUUUAGAGAUGAUAUCACGCGGGAGUGACUUUGUCAAACUACAGUUUGAACAACCUGCUAAUAAAAAUGGAAUCAUUACUAACUACAAUGCCACGUGUUCAAGUGUGUCUGAACAAAUUGGGCAUUUGUCAUCAUCAGUUGACGAUCCAACACUUGAGAUUGUGAUAGAGGGCCUAACACCAGAAACAAGGUAUAAAUGCACCGUGUACGCAACUACGAGCGUCGGAGAAGGACCAUCAUCAAUUUCUAUUGAUAUCAAGACCACCAAGAUACCGCCGAAUCAGAUUCCGCCUGAAGACCUUAAAACUGGCGAAGUUGAUGAACAAACAGUAAGAAUAUUAUUCAGAGAGGGUGCUGUGAAACAAUCAAAGGCUGAAUAUAUACUUAUCGUUGUUGAGGAAGUUUCUAAAGUGAACAGGGAGAAAAGGGAAGCAUUUAUUGACCUACAAAAACUAUUUUCCUAUGAUGACGCCAAGAAAUAUGGAGCUCGAUAUUAUGUUACUGCUGAAAUAGAAGCGGAAUUUGUUUCUGAUAGUUUUGUUAUUGGCAAUGGUUUUGACUAUAAUGGGUACACUAAUAAACCAUUAUACGGAGGGAAAACAUAUCAAGUGCAUGUUGGAUCAGUCAAAAAAUCAGAUGAGCUAAUAAUUGGCUCUUUUACAAAACUACCAACAUUGGUGAACGUGGAGCCUUCAAAAGACCAUGAUGCAAAUGGAAACAAUGUUGGUGCCAUUGCUGGGGGAACCAUUGGCAGCCUAGUUGGUGUGGUCCUUAUUGCCUGUGUUGUGAUAUUAAGUAUACGGAAUCGAAGAUUGCAAAAAGAUAUGAAAAGGGAGAAUGGGGGCAAUGCAUUGCAAUUAGAAACUGCCCAAUAUGAGGACGUGAACAUGUCUAACAUACCAGAAUACGAUGAUGUAUACAUUCCUGGAACAAAUAACAAGGACGCAGAUAAGAGCAAUGAAUAUGAGACUUUAUCAACCAUAGAUGAGUAUAGACUCUCAGACAUUGAUGUGGGACGGACAUUGGGUGAAGGAGAAUUUGGAAUUGUAAAAUAUGUCACCAUUCAUAAUGCUAAGAAAGGGGAUAUUAAAGGUGCUGCUAAGAUGUUAAAAGGCAAUGCAACAGAUGAAGACAGAGACAAACUUAAAGAAGAGCUACGUCUGAUGCUUAAAAUACCUCGCCAUAACAACGUAGUUGCAACAUUGGGACAAUGUAACUCGAAAGAUGGACCAAUGAUAAUUGUUGAAUAUCUUCCUCUUGGCAACUUACAAGAUUACCUGAGAGACAAUAAAGUAAAAUACAAAUCUAAUCCUCAAUGUGGGCAGGAACUUAUCAGGUUUUCUCUUGAUGUGGCUAAAGGCAUGGCACAUCUUUCAGCAUUGAAGCUUGUACAUCGUGAUUUGGCAGCUAGGAACGUGCUUCUAGAUGCAAACAAAGUUUGUAAAGUUUCUGACUUUGGCCUCUCGCGUGAUGUGGGGGAAAGAGAUAUAUACAACAGAAGUUCUACGGGCCCUCUGCCGAUUCGCUGGUUGGCUCCCGAAGCUUUGUUUCACAAUAUAUACUCCACCAAGAGUGAUGUCUGGGCUUAUGGCAUUUUACUGUGGGAGAUUGUCACAUUCGGGUCAACGCCCUAUCCCGGGAUGAAGAGUAGGGAAGUGAUGAAGAUGGUACAACAAGGAAGAACAUUAGAAAGACCAGAGCACUGCAGUCGACAGAUAUAUGAUCAGAUGAUGUUGUGCUGGCAAAUGGACGUUAGAGCAAGGCCGACUUUUACCCAUAUUGCUUCAUCCAUCAAGGAUAUUCUCAAGGAAGAGGAAGUAUAUUUGGAGCUAGAUAUCUACAAUGAGGGGCGCUAUGUUAAUCUUAAAUGGGAUAAAACUCUAGGCGAGAAACUGUAAAUGAUCUACCAUGAGAUUCAGUUGAAUGAAUCCCCAAAGAAGAAGAAGAAGCUGUAUGAAACUAGCUGGGGAACAGUGAAAUUCACGAUCGCAAAGAGUAGCUUUACUAGAUUAUGAAUCUUGGCUAUGUAUAUAAAAAAGAAGAGUGCUUAGUUGACAAGGGAUAAAACACUGAAAUAAUGCAUCAGUCACAUUAAUGUGACUCGGGCAUUAAUGUCCAAUUACAUGUUAUUGUUCCUCAAAUAUUUCUAUAUACUGAUUAUAAGGGCUUUAGUGUAUUAAACAUGCUUAUACAUAUAUUCGGAUAUUUGUAAUAACAAAUGAAAUAUACAUAAAAACUAGUUAACAAGAAUUCAUGUAGACUCCUAAA